AUGUCAAACAAUAAGGCAGAGAAGAUCAGCUCCGUGUCUGACCAAACUGAAGGGCAACAAGCGCAAAUCAGCAGAUCACGUCAUGAUGCCACCCUCACGAAUGCUGGUCCUCCAGCUCUUUACAAACUGAACACGGAAAGAACUUAUUUUGAUGGGGCCGAUGGAAAGCUCAGACGAUGGACUUAUGGAAGAAGAGACAGAAACAAGCAGAACAAAGUCAUACUGAUGGUGGGAGAAACCGGCGCUGGGAAAACCACCCUCAUCAACACCAUGAUCAACAGCUUACUGGGAGUGAAGUUUGAGGAUGAAGAGUUUUAUCAAAUCACAGAAGAAGAAGAAGAUGAAGAUCAAUCACAGUCCCAGACAUCGGAGAUCACUGUUUAUGAGGUGUUUGUUAAAGAAAACCCAACAUCUCUGACCAUCAUCGACACUCCAGGAUACGCAGACACUAAAGGAUACGAGAAAGACGGAGAGAUUUCUGAAUAUCUGAGCAGAUUAUUCUCAGUUGAGGAUGGGAUUCAUUAUAUUGAUGCAGUGUGCUUUGUGAUGAAGGCGUCUCAGAAUCGACUCUCUGGAAAAGAGCAUUACAUAUUUCACUCAGUUCUGUCUCUGUUUGCUAGAGAUAUAGAGAACAACAUAGUGUUUCUACUCACACAGUCAGAUGGACGACGUCCAACAGAUGCCCUCAAUGCCAUAAAGAAAGCAGAAAUACCCUGCAGAAGAGAUGAAAACAAUAAACCUGUUUGCUUCUUGUUCAACAACCGACAGAAAGAGGAAAGAGAUGAAGAGUAUCAGCAUCGCAACAGAUUAGAUUGGGAAAUGGGAGAGAGAAGCAUUAAUCGGUUCUUGGCACUCUUGGAAGAAAAGAACAGAAAAAGUGUUCAGAUGACAUUAGAUGUUCUGAAAGAGCGAAGACAACUUGAAGCCUGUGUCUCUAAUCUGAUGGAGCGAAUCACUGAGAAGGAGUUAAAAACCCAAGAACUGACGCAGAUUCAGGAAGCCCUAGGACAGAACAGAGAAAAGAUUGAGAAGUGUGAGAACUUUAAGUUUACAGUCCCAAAGGUUUUCAAAGAAAAAGUCCCCAUAAAUCCUGUAAUAGUGUGGUCGGGGUUUUUUUUUACAAAAAGGAACAACUUGGCAACCUGCUGCUCUGUCUGUGAGGAAACCUGUCAUGAUGAGUAUGGUUGCUGGUGGAUCCCUUUAGAUCAUGUUAAAUGGUGUCAAGUCAUGAAAGACGACCACUGCACUGUGUGUACUAAUAAGUGUCAUUACAGCAAACACAUCAAAGAGGACAAAAAAUAUGUGACAAAGACAAAGACAGUCACUAUGACAUUUGAUGAGCUCCAACAGAAGUAUCAAAAAAGUGGUGAAGAGCCUAGAAUCACCAAUUACAAAAAUGAUAAAUAUGAAGAUACUAAACAGGAACAUGAAAGUAACAUGAAAGAGUUUCAAAGAAAAACAGAAAUCGAAAUGGAACUCGACAGUGAUCUGGAGAAGAUUAAAAAUGAAAAGUCCAAACUGCUGCAUGAAGCUUAUAUGAUCAUCAUGAAUCUGUGUAAGAUCGCAUUAAAAGCAGACAGCGCUUUCACUCUUCGGCAUCUGGAUUUCCUGAUUCCCCGACUGAAGGAGGAGGGAAAAGAUGAAUGGAUAAAGGACCUGGAGGAUCUGAGGAAAACUGGAGAACAGCAGAAAAAUAAGGGGGCCGUACAUCAUUUAAUGACUUUUUUUG